UUAUUUACAUACUUGUGUACAGUCCCGCAUGUAAUGAGGGAACUCCAAUUUCCAUUUUAAUUCGAUCGAACACUGCCGACAUCAUGAAACUCGGAAGAUGAACAGUUUGGUAUCUUAUCUUCUAUUAGUUGGACUACUGCGCAACUUGGUUGCGCCUCUCCGGUGUUAUGAAUGUGAUCUAAUUGGAAAUAAAUCCGCCAAUUCCUGUUUCGAUCCACUGGAUACUGACCAUGAUGACGUCAGAAUAACAGAAUGUGAAAACUCUCUAUACAGUUGCAUCAAGGCCAAGACUAUUUUCAAAGACGGAGACGUUUUCUUUCAACGAAAAUGCCAAAAAGUGAAGAUAAAAAAUUCCUGCAAACUGCUGCACAUCAAUGAGACGACAUAUUCUCUGACUGUGGAGUUGUGCUCGUGUCAGCACGAUUUGUGCAAUGCUGGGGAACAUAGUCCAGCCCUCGCACAUGAGCUCAUUCUGUGGAUAUUUUUUCUUUGGGUAAUUUUGAAAACGAAGUGAAAAGUAAAAACAUCUCUUGACUACAUUUUUUUCCCUGAUGUAUACAUUUUUUUACUUGAAGUAUUGUUAAAAUUAAGGGGAAGAAAUCAACAGUAUGUUUGUAAAGUGUACAUAAACUUGCAAAAUAAAGAUCUUUUUUAUUUAA